GUGUGGCCGGCAGCGGCGGCGGAGGGGAGAGAAGCGAAGAGAAGGGAGAGGAGCGGCAGGGGGAAGGCAGGGAGGAUGCUGAAAAGCUGCGGGAGGAAACUGCUCCUGUCCCUUGUGGGCUCCAUGUUCACCUGCCUCUUGGUGCUGAUGGUGGAGCCGCCGGGGCGGCCGGGGCUAGCCCGGGGGGAGGCCGGCGGGGCGCAGCGGGCGCUGCAGAGCCUGGGGCCGGGGGCGGCCGCGCCCCCGCCGGCGCAGGGUCCCGCCGGCCUCCGCAGCUUCGCCGAUUACUUCGGGCGGCUGAGUCGAGCCCGGCGGGAGCUGCCCGCCGCCCCGCCGAGCCCCCCGCGGCCGCCGGCCGAGGACAUCUCCCCCCGCGAUGUCUUCAUCGCUGUCAAGACCACCAAAAAGUUUCACAAGGCGCGGCUGGAGCUGCUGCUCGACACCUGGAUCUCUCGCAACCGCGACAUGACCUUCAUCUUCACGGAUGGGGAGGAUGAGGAGCUGAAGAAGCAAGCACGAAAUGUCAUCAACACCAACUGCUCAGCAGCCCACAGCCGCCAGGCCCUGUCCUGCAAGAUGGCCGUGGAGUAUGACAAGUUCAUCGAGUCCGGCAGAAAGUGGUUCUGCCACGUGGACGAUGACAAUUACGUGAACGUGCGGACGCUGGUGAAGCUGCUCUCCAGCUAUCCCCAUACACAGGACAUCUACAUUGGGAAGCCCAGCCUGGACCGGCCCAUCCAGGCUACAGAGAGGAUCAGCGAGAACAAGAUGCAUCCUGUGCAUUUCUGGUUUGCCACGGGCGGAGCGGGGUUUUGUAUCAGCCGGGGGCUGGCGCUGAAGAUGAGCCCGUGGGCCAGCGGGGGCCACUUCAUGAGCACCGCAGAGAAGAUUCGCCUGCCCGAUGACUGCACCAUCGGCUACAUCAUUGAGUCCGUGCUGGGGGUGAAGCUCAUCCGGAGCAACCUCUUCCACUCCCACCUGGAGAACCUCCACCAGGUGCCCAAGUCAGAGAUUCACAAACAGGUGACACUAAGCUACGGCAUGUUCGAAAACAAGCGCAACUCCAUCCACAUGAAGGGAGCCUUCUCCGUCGAGGAGGACCCAUCCAGGUUUCGCUCCGUGCACUGCCUGCUGUACCCCGACACGCCGUGGUGCCCCACCAACGUGGUUUACUGAGAGGCCUGUGUCCCUCCCAACCUCGUCCCGAAUCUCCCCGGUAUCCGACGGGCGUGCGGGACCCGCGAGUUGCGGGCAUGUGGGUCCGGCCUCGCUGUGAGGCGGACGGACGUCGUUGCUGUGGUAUUGCACAGUGUGUGUGUGUGUGUGUGUGUGUGUGUGUGUGUACUGAAGGCUGCUGUGCGGCCCCUUGUGCCCGGCCCUGCCUGCCCUGCCUGCCCUGCCUGCUCCGGCAGGACAGGCCGCUGCGGGGGCGAGGGACGGGUCCUGAGCACUUAACCCCUGGACACCCCACGGUGCUGUGGGCCCCGCGCCAUGCGUGGGGAGCAACCACGGGAGCCACGGGGCUCUGCCUCCCCCAGGCUUGCUUCUCCUGGUUUGGUUUUUUCCCCCUUUUUAAAUGUUAAGCUUUUUCGUGUGUGGCUCCCUCCCCGGCCCCUAUCCCUGACCCCGCUCCCAUCACCCCUCCCCUGCCCCAUCCUUUCUCUCAGACCCCAAAAUCUCAGCAGCGAAGCUCCAGCUCCUAAUUUGGAUGAAGGGUCACCAGCAAGUUUUGCAGGUGGAGGGUGGGUAGGGGAAGCCUCUGGGCUGUGGCAAACACUGGUCCAUGGUGCUGCCAAGCUGCUGGGUGCUCGAAGGCUGCACUGGAGGGAGACGAGGGGGGGAGAGGGGGUGGGCUGCUGCAGGGUGAGGGUGGGCUGUGAGCCGGUGUUGGCAUUAGCUCUGUUUCCCAGAGCUCCUCCUGUCUGCCUGAGCUGUUGCCAGCAGCAGUCAUCUAUGCACUAUCUUACAGACUCACAUAAAGCCGGAGUGUGGGAGGGCUCUGCUGGAGCGUGGGCACAGUGUGGGUAGAAGGUCUUCCUCCAGUGCCGCCUCCCUGUCUGCUCGUGGGUGACUGUGGGCAACGGGCAGACAGGCCCAGCACAGUCAGCCCUGCAGCUCUGCAGAGGAGUUCUCAAAAGGAGUUCUCAGGGGCUGUGUGGAUGUCGUGUCCACUCCUCAGCAUGAGGCCAUGUCCCCUCCAGCCCUGGCCUGGCUGCAAGUGCUGCUGGGGUGGCUGGAGCAUCCAAGAGGUGCCCCUGCCAGAUGGGCACCUGCCGUGGGCUGGCAGCAUUUCCCUACUCUCUCCCUGCUGGGAUUUAGCUGGGGAGAGGGAGAGGGACCCCACAUUCCCUCAAAGCCACCCUGCUUCCCUCACUAGCCCUAUGCCCCUGGGCUGGCAGUGGCCUGAGCUGGAGCUGAACCUUUCCAACCUGAAGCUGAGUGAAAAUAGCCCAUAAUGGGUGCGUUGUAAAUAUGUUAUUGAGCCAGUAUUUUUUUUACUGUGCCUUUUUUUUUUAAGAAAAAGAAAAAAAAACCACAUUGAGAAAUAUGUAGAUUUUAAAAUGCUUUUUAUACAUUUUCUGUGGAUCAGAAAAGAAAAAAGAAACCCAAGCAAACAACCCCCAACCUUUGAGAAUCUGUUUAAGAGAGAGAAAAAAAAUAAUUGCAAUGUCUUGUAACUAUCACUUACCUUAAUUUAUAUGUUCCAGUAUCUGGAACGUCACUCUGUGCUUUUUGUAACUAGGAUGUGUUUAAAGCAAUAGAUGUGGGGUGGGGAACCAGCAUGGACAGUGUGUUCUCAGGGACUUGAACCCGAUUGCUGCCACGGGGUUCCCGUGGGAGCGUCACCAAUAAAGCAGCUUUUUUGCUGACCACAGUCACCUGG